AUGCGUGGAUACGGAACGGAGAGCGGCUUCGAGGGAUCUAGCAAAUGGAUGCUUGUUAACCAGUUAGUCAGGGACCAGAAACUUGCGGUGCUCGCUCUACAGGAGGCGCACCUAGAUGACCGAAGAGCGGCCAGGCUGAACGACAUCUUCGGGCGAAACAUGACCGUAUACCACUCGCCGGACCCCACGAAUAGCACUGGUGCACGGGGUGUUGCCUUUGCUGUGAACAAGAGGGUCCUAAGGGACAGUGCCGUGACUAUGCGAGUUGUGAUCCCGGGACGGGCUGCACUGAUGUCGAUACAGUGGUCAGAAGACAGAACACUCAAACUGCUGAAUGUAUAUGCACCGAACGACGCACCUGCGAACGCCGACUUCUGGAAAGAGCUUGAGAACGCUAAUCUUGGCCGUGUGGACUUCAUGCUAGGGGACUGUAACGUCGUGGAGGACAAGGCGGACCGUUUACCUCCCAGAGAGGACCCGGAGGCACCGCGCGAAGCACUCCAGGACCUGUGCACAAAGCUUUCGAUCGUUGAUGGAUGGAGAGGCGCUAACCCGCUGGACAAAGGAUUUACUUACCUCCAGGAGAGCACUGCUGCCCAGUCCCGACUAGACCGAAUAUAUGUCCGGCGCCCGAUGAUGAAGGACUGCUCCGAGUGGUGUAUAGUGGAACCCGGUAUACCGACUGAUCACCUAAUGGUAGCUGUGGCGGUGGAGAAUUAUAAGGCCCCGUUUAUUGGCAAAGGCAGAUGGGUCUGGCCUGUGCACCUGCUGGAGGACGAGGAGAUGAAGAAGACUAUGCUAGCGCUUGCUGCUAAUCUGACGCGCAAGAUUGGCUGUAUGACAGAGAGAACCCAGGAGGAUAACCCGCAGACCGCGUACGCCGCCUUCAAACACGAACUUGCUGCUGCUGCGAGAGCCAGAGCGAAACAGAAGAUCCCGAAAAUGCAAAAAUGA